UUUGUUUCGGUUGCGUCAGGUCAGCCUCCCUCUCCGGAUCCCCCACCUGCUCCGCCGCCGGCCAACGCAUCGCUCCCCUUGGCAGCCAGGAUGACAGAAGCACCAUUUCUGCCACGUGAGAGGCUCUUCAAGCUGCAACAUCAUUUCCAGAACAUGACCAAGCACACCUACCUGAAAGGGCGCUACGAUGUGAUCACCUCCGUUGCCAUCCCUCUUGCACUUGCUGCCUCCAGCAUGUUCAUGAUUGGGCGUGGAGUUUACAACAUGUCUCAUGGAAUUGGGAAAAAGGAGUGAUCUACCACGGGUUAACUAGUUUUUCUACUUGGCAUGGAAGUACCAUCCAGACUAUGAAGUCUUCUUUGCUUGCUAAAUAAUACUGUCAAAGAACAAGUCGACUACAUUUUUGCAUCAUAUUUCUGUUUGUAUUUGUGGAUAUGAAAUGCCAUCAACUUGAAGAUCAGCAUUGUUACUAUUUUGGUUAAUUACUCCA